GUGGAAUAAAAUUGAAUAAAUUUUAUUUCUAUUUAUUAAAUGUAUUCAUAUGCUCCACUUGGUGUUUCAUUUGCAUCUCCAAUAACAACAUCAUAUGUAAGACCUGCUCCAGGUAAAUUUUUAAUAGAUUAUAAAGUUUCUUAUAUAUAACAAGUGUAAUAUGCUUAACCAAUUACAUAUGCAUAACCAGGUCCAGCAACAAUAAAAGGAGAAUCUAGAUAUGAAUAUGUACCAUAUUAGAAAUCAGUGGUAGAAUUGGAAGAAGAAUAAAGAGUUGUGAAAGUAGUUUGUUAUAUAAAAAUAAAGGUACCUAAAUAAAAAUGGGUGACUGAUUAUUACCCAGUGGAAUAUCAAAAAGAAUAUAUACCAUAAGUUACAUAUGAAAAAUAAGUUGAUUAUGUUCCAGUUGAAAAAACUGUUCCAAGAGUGGAUUAUUUAGAAAGAGAAGUAAGAAGAAGUUCAUUUGUUGCACCUAUUAAUCCAGCACCUCCUAUCACUUAUGCUUCACCUCUCUCAUACAGUGUUGCUGCUCCUAUUGCUCCAGUUACUACAAGCUAUGUUGCACCUGCAUACAGUACAGUCUAUAGAUAUUGAAUAUUAUUAUUUAAUAAAAUGCAU